AGCAGGCAUAAAUCUGCGACUUUCACUCAACAAGACGACCUCGACAGUGCACUGUGCAAAACCAAGUGUAAAAAACCCUCCUGAUUCUAUACAACCUGACACAAAAACCAGACAGUUUGCAGUCAAAACUACCUCAGUUUCGUCGAGGAAUUGCAGUGGACUUUUUCAGUGAUACUUUGUACGUACAUUCUCAGUUGAAAAUGAAGGCAUUUUGCGCGGUUCUUCUGCUGGCUGUGUGUGUAGCACGAGCAUCGGCUAUUUAUUGCUACUCAUGCGAUGUGUGCUAUCUUUCUGGAGUUCGGUCAUUGGCCGGGAACACGACUGAAUGCAGUGCUGGCCAGGACAGAUGCAAAAAGUCGGUGGCUGGCGGAGUUAUUUCUAGAGCAUGUGCAGUAGAGAGCGAGUGCGGCGUAUCUGACUCAGUCGCACAAUGCGGCGGGGGGGUGGAGGACGACUGCCAGAUCUGCUGCGACCACGACAACUGCAAUGGCGCCGUCGCAGCAAAGGGCUCCCUCGUGGGUCUCACCCUGGCACUUGUGACCGCUGCGUUCAGUAGGUACUUGUAGUAUCUUAGGGGUCGAAGACACGCACAAGCUUAGAGUUGAUGUUAGGAAGUAACCCAUAAUCAUGUUUUGGGACUAAUUGUUAGAAACAAUCUGGCAUGACUCAAAGUCCAACAGUUCAUUUCUCAAAGCUGUAAGUUAAUUUUGGUGUUAUCUGAAAUAGUAAUAAUUAUAGUUGACAAUCAUUAUAGCGGGGAUAGGAUAGGAUAGGAUAAUAAAUGUUGGUGCUGUCCCAUCCAGUGAUGUUGUGUCUGUUGACUUGUGGUAAAUUGAAAAAAUGUAUUGUAUUAAUACGAUUCCAACUACAAUGUAUAGUAACUGUGCUGUACUAUUUCCACCGUUGUUUAUAUAAACAUGGUGUUUAUGGGAAAUAGUUUAACCAGGCAAUGUGACCCUUUCAGAUAUUAUCUGAAAGGGUCACAUUUCCUGGUUAAACUAUUUCCCAUAUUAUCUGAAAGGGUCACAUUUCCUGGUUAAACUAUUUCCCAUAAACACCAUGUUUAUAUAAACAACGGUGGAAAUAGUACAGCACAGUUAGUUGACAAUCAUUAUAGCUAGCUCGGCAGGACUUGUAACCGGAAUCAAAAUGAGACCACAAAUUAACUUUUCAUUUUAGGCAUUUCUUUCAAGCAACUUAAAGGCACUCGACACAAUUGUCAAAGACCAGUGUUCUCACUUGGUGUAUCCCAUCAUAA